AUGGCAUACAAUCCUCCACCGAAUGGGCCACCGCCAUAUUAUGGUUACCCACCACCACCCAGUGUUGCUCCGGGAUCUUUCGCUUAUAUACCAGCGCCUGCAUUAGUCCCUCCUCAGGGGCCCCCACAAACAUUUGUAACCAACUUUAUUUAUCCGCCGCAGCCAACGCCCACACCAGUACAAGUUGUAGAAAAUGCCGAACCCCCUGUAAUGGGAGAACUUAUCGAUUGGGUACCAUCAACUCCAGCAACUGCUCAAUCACUCUACGGUAGAGCGUUAGAAGCUGGUAGGGAAGGUUGGGAUAGUAGUCCUUUAUGGAUUAUUAGAGCCUACCACAAAGGUGACUUAGUGCCAGGCAAACUCGCUAUUAAGCAUCGAGCCGCUUUCAUACCAUUUUCUAGAAGAGAACUUCCAGUGCAUAAUUUUGAGGUGCUAUGUGCUCCAAGUAACAUGGUGCAAUGGAUAUCUGCUAAUAAUGGUGAAGUGCCGCCCAGUGCCAUCAUCGCAGGAAACACACACACUGCCGAGCCACUUUACAUCGGCCGAGUGUAUCACAAGGGUUCUAUCACCCCUGGGAAGGUUCACCCCAGCCACGGAUGCUGCUACGUUUCCUAUGGCGGAACAGAAGUGCAAUACAAACAGUACGAGGUGCUAGCCAGACGUGAUAACUGG